AUGCUGGUGCAAACACACUAUCUUAUCAAGUCAAGAAGGGAGGAGUAUCAAGAUUCCGUCAAUGCUAAUAGUUUAAGUUCAGGAACAGGCGCCGAUUUAGAGUAUCUUAGAUUUAAAUCUGCAACUAUUUCAGGGAUGUUUGUUAACCCAUUUAAAGAGUAUCGACCACAAACGGCAUUUGAAUUUGUUCUUGUUCGAAUAAUGGAGUUUUUCGAGCUGAUAUAUGGAAGUAGAUUUGAGCUACAUAACAAGUUACCACAACCUCAUGAUGGUGCUGUUGAAGUUGAAGAUAUCUUGAAAGUGUUGAAGCCCAAUAUAGAAAAGUAUCGAGCCAAUUCGAAAAUCUUACAGUUGUGUUUGGAGAAUAACAAUUUCCAGCAAUUUUUCAAUCAAGAUGGUGGCAAUGGUUGGCUUUUAAAAGGGAAAUCAUCGUUGCGCAACCAACUUUUAUUCACUUGGCUAGGUCAAUCGUGUACACUUUUCCAAAUAUCAGGCAUUAACUUUCUCACCGAUCCAAUCAUGAGCGAUCAUCUAUUCAGUCCAUCUUUUGGACCAAAAAGAUUAACCAAGUCCCCCUUAUCUUGGGAAGAUAUUCAAUAUGCAACAAAUAAUAACUUAAACUUUGUUCUUGUAUCUCACGACCACCCCGACCACUUGGAGAUGAGUCUUGUUAAUAAGAUAAGAAAUGAAAGCUACUGGAUAGUGCCAUUAGGAUUGAAGAAAAAACUAGCUAAAAGAGGUAUCCAUAAAGUGGUUGAACUCGAUUGGUGGGAUACUUUGGAUAUAACAAAUUACAUUACUACAAAUAGAAAAUUUCCUGAUAAAUACGAAAUUGUUUGUGUACCAUCGAUGCAUUGGUCAGGGAGGCACGUGACCGACUCUAACAAAUCACUUUGGUGCUCAUAUAUAGUAAGGCGCAAUGGGGAAUCCUUAGUUUACCAUGCAGGAGAUACAGGAUACCUGGAAGAACUAUUCAAUGUCAUUGGCGCAAAAUAUCAACCUGUAACACUAGCAUUAUUGCCAAUUGGUCAAUAUUGUCCAAGCUGGCACCAAAAGCCAAGACACAUUUCUCCACAGGAAUCUUUGAAAAUUUGUCAGCAGAUAUCAGCAUUAUUCAUGAAGGGGAUCCAUUGGGGUACAUUCAAAUUAAGCGGAGAACCAAUACUAGAACCGAAAAACUUGCUAACUGCUCUUGCAAAGUCUCUGAACAAGUCAGCUUUCUACAAAGCGCCCGAAUUCGGGUUGACUUAUUUAAUUGACCUCAAUAGUAAAAAGGAAAUAGAGUUACAUACAUAA